UGGGAGGGUGACAGAACUGGCAGAUGGCAUUAGAGACCCACAGCACCCUGUCCCCAGAUGGCACCCGGCCAGGAGCUGCCAUCUGACCCGGCCCGGCCCGCCUGGCUGGCGUCCGGUUCCAGGCGCAGGUCCCCAGGAGCUGGCUCCCGCUGUCCGGGGAAGGACCGAGCUCACUGCCUUCUCUCCUUUGCCGAGUGGGCAAAGCCGCUGGCAGCCCGAGCAAGGAGCUGAGAUGAGGCUCCCAGGAGGCUCAGGAACUGGGAGCAUCGGGUGACACAAGCCCCUGACAGGAGGCUCACUUCCGGCUGGGCGCCCAGGUGCUGCUGCUGGGCCUGCUCUAAGGUCCAGCCUCCGCCUCGGUGGCCACAUGACCGGAGGACCUUGCCCUGGGAGCCUGGCAGAAGGAAGUGGCCUGUCUUACGGGCCGGGGGGCGGGGGCUGGCCUGCUUCUACCCCACCUCUGCUGGAGCCCAGCCUCCACCACCCAGCUGCCCUGGCCACCGCUCAGCCGGCUGCCUGGUGAGGGAAGCCGACCUUUCCCCAGGGCAGAGGGAGGAAGGUAGGGGCCCCGCGGGCCCGGUGAUGAUGGCCUGUCAGGCUCCCAGGAAGUGACCAGGCCUGGGAACACGCCAUGGCGCAGGCGGAUGGGCGCCCCCAGCCCGGGGCGGGGCAGCCCUUCGUGUUCAAGCUGGUCCUCCUGGGAAGCGGCUCCGUGGGCAAGUCCAGCCUGGCUCUCCGAUACGUGAAGAAUGACUUCAAGAGCAUCCUGCCAACCGUGGGGUGUGCGUUCUUCACGAAGGUGGUGGAGUUGGGUGCUGCGUCUCUGAAGUUUGAGAUCUGGGACACGGCUGGCCAGGAAAAGUACCACAGCGUCUGCCACCUCUACUUCAGGGGCGCCAACGCAGCGCUGUUGGUGUACGACAUCACCAGCAAGGAUUCCUUCUGCAAGGCGCAGCAGUGGCUGAAGGACCUGGAGCGGGAGUUCCUCCCUGGAGAAGUCGUGGUGAUGCUGGUUGGCAACAAGACGGACCUCAGCGAGGAGCGGGAGGUGACCUUCGAGGAAGGCAAGGAGUUCGCAGAGAGCCAGAGCUUGCUGUUCAUGGAGACCUCGGCCAGACUCAACCACCAGGUGACCGAGGUCUUCAGCGCCAUCGCUCGAGAGCUGCUGCAGAGGGCGGAGAGGAAGGAGGACCAGACUCGGCGGGGAGAUGCCCGGCUGGCCAUAAACCAGGGGCCCACGGGGCGGGCUAAGUGCUGUGCCCGCUAGGGGCUGCCUCAGCCACUCCAGGAGGGGUCUGGAGGAGGAGCCCCCCGGCCUGACCCAACUGGUCCUCAGGGUGAGCCACCGCCAGCGCCACAUGGAUGGUGGUGCUUGAUUCUGCUUCUCCAUUAACACUGGCUAGUUCCCGGGGGUGUCCGGCAGCUGGCAUCUCUCAGAGGAACCACUCCCCAAAGCCCGUGGGAGUCGUUCAGGAGAGGACGGUGUCCAUAGCCUCAUCUCCUGCACCCAGACCCAGACCGAGUCCCAGGUGCCCAGGCCGGGUGCACCCGCCCAGCCUGGCUGCUCAUCCACCCUGCUGCUCCCGACUCCGGGGAAUGAAACGGCUCAGAGGGAACAGGGACCUGGUGUUGGGCAAGGCCCACCUGCUUCUGGGAGUGGGGAGAGGACGGAGCAGGCACGGGGGGAGGUGGCAGUGGCAGUGCCAGGGGAAAUGGAGUGACGGUUUUCUAAAAAAAUUAAACUGCUUU